GAGGCUGUGGCAGCAGCUGCAGCGGCGGCGGCGGCGGCAGCGCCAGGAGCUGCUGCAGCAGAGGCGGAGGUUGCUCCUGUACGCGUCCGGGCAGCUCAGCCGAAGCCGCAGCCCGGAGGCGCCGGGCGGUGCGCUGGGUGCUGCUGCUACCGGCCCUCCGCCGCCCGGGCCCCCGCUGCCGCCCGGGCCCCGGCUGCCGUCUGCGCCCCCGUCAACCCCACCCGCGAGUGCGCCCCAGCCGGGACGCCGCCCCCGGCCGGGUCUCCACUUCUUGGCCGCACCUUCCAUGACAGCGCCCGCGAGAAGAUGGCUGCGAAGGGCGCGCACGGCUCCCACCUGAAGGUGGAGAGCGAGCUGGAGCGCUGCCGCGCCGAGGGCCACUGGGACCGCAUGCCGGAGCUGGUCCGGCAGCUGCAGUCGCUGAGCAUGCCCGGCGGCGGAGGUAACAGGCGAGGCAUCCCGAGCGCAGCGUUCACUUUUCCGGACACCGAUGACUUUGGGAAAUUGCUGCUGGCUGAGGCCCUCCUGGAGCAGUGUUUGAAGGAGAAUCAUGCCAAAAUAAAAGACUCCAUCCCUUUGCUGGAGAAGAAUGAGCCGAAGAUGAGCGAAGCCAAAAAUUAUCUGAGCAGUAUCCUUAACCAUGGGAGGCUUACGCCACAGUACAUGUGUGAGGCCAUGCUGAUCCUGGGCAAACUGCAUUACGUGGAGGGCUCGUACCGAGAUGCCAUCAGCAUGUACGCGCGGGCCGGGAUCGAUGACGUAUCCAUGGAGAACAAGCCCCUGUAUCAGAUGCGGCUGCUGUCGGAGGCUUUUGUCAUCAAAGGCCUCUCUCUGGAACGCCUACCCAACUCCAUCGCUUCCCGCUUCCGCCUGACGGAGAGGGAGGAGGAAGUGAUCACCUGUUUUGAGAGGGCAUCCUGGAUCGCUCAGGUGUUCCUGCAGGAAUUGGAGAAGACCACAAAUAACAGCACGUCGAGGCAUCUGAAAGGCUGUCACCCGGUUGACUAUGAGCUCACCUACUUCCUGGAAGCUGCCCUCCAGAGCGCCUAUGUGAAAAACCUGAAGAAGGGGAACAUCGUGAAGGGCAUGAGAGAGCUCCGGGAGGUGCUGCGGACUGUGGAGACCAAAGCAACUCAGAACUUCAAAGUGAUGGCGGCCAAGCACCUGGCGGGGGUCCUGCUGCACUCCCUGAGUGAGGAGUGCUACUGGAGCCCCCUGUCCCACCCUCUGCCCGAAUUCAUGGGCAAGGAGGAGAAUUCUUUCGCCACGCAGGCCCUGCGGAAACCUCACCUCUAUGAAGGAGACAACCUCUACUGCCCCAAGGACAACAUCGAGGAAGCCCUCCUGCUCCUCCUCAUCAGCGAGUCCAUGGCCACUCGAGACGUGGUGCUGAGCCGGGUGCCAGAGCAGGAGGAGGACCGGGCAGUGAGCUUGCAGAAUGCUGCAGCCAUCUAUGACCUCCUGAGCAUCACGUUGGGCAGAAGGGGACAGUAUGUCAUGCUCUCUGAGUGCCUGGAACGAGCCAUGAAGUUUGCGUUUGGAGAAUUUCACCUUUGGUACCAGGUGGCCCUCUCCAUGGUGGCUUGUGGGAAGCUGGAGGAAGCAGAGCGCUUUGCCAUGAUGGUGAUCAGCCUCGGAGAGGAAGCCGGGGAGUUCCUCCCCAAGGGCUACCUGGCGCUGGGUCUCACCUAUAGCCUGCAGGCCACCGACGCCACCCUGAAGUCCAAGCAAGAUGAAUUGCACCGGAAGGCACUGCAGACACUGGAGAGGGCUCAGCAGCUGGCGCCCGGUGACCCCCAGGUCAUCCUCUAUGUCUCACUGCAGCUGGCCCUCGUCCGACAGAUCUCCAGCGCCAUGGAGCAGCUGCAGGAGGCCCUGAAGGUAUGCAAGGAUGAUGCCCACGCCCUCCAUCUGCUGGCACUGCUCUUCUCCGCCCAGAAGCACCACCAGCAUGCCCUGGAUGUUGUCAACAUGGCCAUCACCGAGCAUCCUGAGAACUUCAACCUGAUGUUCACCAAGGUGAAGCUGGAGCAGGCGCUGAAAGGCCCAGAGGAAGCCCUCGUGACCUGCAGACAAAUGCUGCAGCUGUGGCAGACCCUGUACAGCUUCUCCCAGCUGGGAGGCCUGGAAAAGGAUGGUAGCCUCGGUGAGGGCCUCACCAUGAAGAAGCAGAGUGGCAUGCACCUGACUUUGCCUGAUGCCCAUGAUGCCGACUCUGGCUCCCGGCGGGCUUCAUCCAUCGCAGCCUCCCGGCUGGAGGAGGCCAUGUCAGAGCUGACUAUGCCCUCUUCGGUCCUGAAGCAGGGCCCCAUGCAGCUAUGGACCACGCUGGAACAGAUCUGGCUGCAGGCUGCUGAGCUGUUCAUGGAGCAGCAGCACCUCAAGGAAGCAGGUUUCUGCAUCCAGGAGGCAGCAAGCCUCUUCCCCACUUCUCACUCAGUACUAUAUAUGCGGGGCCGGCUGGCCGAGGUGAAGGGCAGCCUGGAGGAAGCCAAGCAGCUGUACAAGGAGGCGCUCACGGUGAACCCAGAUGGCGUGCGCAUCAUGCACAGCCUGGGUCUGAUGCUGAGUCGGCUUGGCCACAAGAGCCUGGCCCAGAAGGUGCUUCGAGAUGCCGUGGAGAGGCAGAGCACGUGCCACGAGGCGUGGCAGGGCCUGGGUGAGGUGCUGCAGGCCCAGGGCCAGAACGAGGCCGCCGUCGACUGCUUCCUCACUGCCCUGGAGCUGGAGGCCAGCAGCCCUGUGCUCCCCUUCUCCAUCAUCCCCAGAGAGCUGUGAUGACACUGCAGCCACAGGGAGGGAGGGCCGGCCAGAGGGAGAGGCAGCAGUCAGUGUGGGGCGACAGUGGCAUCAGGUGCGGGGCCUCAGGGAAAUCCAUCUUUAGUGAACUCCUGGCUCGGCCAAGAGGGUCUUCCUGGAUUUCUUUGUUGGUGCCUUGGGAAACAGUCUGACUUGAACCCUAAGUGCCUUUUUGCAGAGUUUUGUGGUGACCAGACUUGCACCCCAAGAGCUGGGCAGGGGGGAGCCUCACAAUUGUCCUUCACCCUCACCCAUGCCUCUGGUUGGGGGUCUGGGGAUCUCACUCCCCACUCUCAGCACAGCACAGACUUCUGGAUCCCUCUCAGGUCUUGCCCAGGGCAGUCACGACGUGAAGAAACUGGGCAAGUGGGAAGACGAUGGGAUUUCUGGGUUCCCUUCCCAGACUUGGAGUUAGCAGAUGAUGCCCACGUUGCCCCUCUUUGCCCCCUGAGACCAGCUGGGCCCCACUGUGCUCUUUCCCUCUGCUACCAAGUGCCUUUGGGGCCUCUGGGGUCUAGCCAGGGGGUACUGAGCACUGGCCCUUACGCUUCCAUUUCCACCCACCCCAUCUCCCUGGAAAUGUGUUCCAGCCCAAGCAGCCUCCGUCGGCUUUAGAUCCUGUGGUUGCUAGAUCCAGUCCUUUCUAAUACCCUGAGUCAACACAUUACUCCUGCAGGUCUUACGCUACCAUGCAGGUCCCUCCAGGGCCAAUAACAUGGAGGCGGGCAAUUUCUAGGACUGUCCCCAGUACCUCUCACCACCCACAGCCCUUUUUUGCCUUGAUUUGAGCCUCACCCUAGCCUUUUGGGUUGCCCUGCCUGAGGGAGACCUGAGGAGGGGACAGAGCCCAGCCUUUCUCCUGUGACUGAGCAGGCCUCUGUGUCCAUGACACCUUUUUCCGGGCCUGGGGGCUGUGGGUGUAUGUCCUCCCUGCUGGCUCCCCCGGCCCCUGCUGCAUGACGCUCUUGGAACUCUUCCCCAAGGAGUCAGUCCCCCAGGCUUAUCAGGGAAUCCUUUUGUAUCUGCACUUUGGGUUUUAGUUUCAAAGCUCCAUCAGGUACAGCUUACAUUUCAGGAUGUGUAGAAAGCUCAGGUGAGGGCUGCCCUGGUUUGUCAUAGCUCCACCUUCCUCGGAGGGAGAGGGCUGUUGGAGACCCCCCAUCCAUGGCACACUAGCUCAGCACUGCAUGUCCCGAGAUGAUUCCCAAGACAGCUGGUGCCUCCUGGCUUUCCUGCGGCAGGCCAAGGGGCACCCCAGAGGACGCUGGAUCCUUUGCCUCUUCAUGGUUGAAGGAUCUCUAUGUAUGUGUGUAUAUAAAUAUAGUUUUUAUAUAUAUAUAUAUAAAAAAAAAAUAGAGAUCUAUUUUUUUCUGGAAUUAUGUUAGAAAAGUAAAGAAAAAGCAAAUGCUGUUGAUUUAUCUCAGGGUGCCCAAAGAGUUAUAGUCAAUUUUUGGUACUAGGAAAGGCACCCAAUGCAUUUCCUGACUUUUAAGCAGUUCCUUGUUGGAAGCAGCAGAGGGCCAAGCCAAGUUGCUGACAGUGACUUUACAGGUUAAAUAAAGAGACCCUCGGAGGGGAAGCAGGCUUGUCUGAAGCAGCAUGUUUAUUCACUGGGCAUGUAGCUCCCGCACCAGCCUUGAGCCAGGCCCUGGAGAGGAGGGGCUGUUGCAGGAGGAGGGAGGCCAGAGAAGUCAUUGAAGCCAAGACCUGGGCCCAGCUGAGGAGGGAUGUGGGGAAGGAAGGAUGGGAGGGAGGACCCUCUGGGAAAAUGUGGGUUUGAGCUGGUGAGAGUGUUGCCAGUUGAGGCUGGACUAAAGCCUGGAGGGGGUAGGAAGAAGCAAGAGGGGUCCAGGCAGGGUUGAUCCUGGCCUUUGACUUGUCCAGGGGGCCACCCCGGAAGCCCCUGCUGCCUCUGGGCAUUGCUGGGAGAGGCCAAGGCAGUACUCAUAUCUGAACAGAGAGCCCCUCGGGCAUUGCUGAUGGGCCACCUUCAGCUGCCGGGAAGAAGACUACGAGAGGAGGCAUGGGAGAGACCUGGGCCUUGUUCAGAUUGGCCACCUCUGCUGAGAAGUCCAUUCCAGUACACCCCUAAUAAGUUAUGCCACAUACCAACAUACUGUGGAUAUUAUAAUCUGCAUCAACAUAAUUCUA